AUGCGCCGGUCCGUGACCGACGACCGAAGGCGCGACCUGAGGCACUUCGCUAAUCUGAUCGCGUCCAAGGGCGUUGCUGCUGUGCUCACCUCCCUCCUCUACUUCAAACAAAAGGCUCUUAUCUAUCCCUCGCACAUGCCACCGAAUGCCCGAACAGAUGUCCCCCGACCCUCGCAGUUUGGCAUACAAGACUUCGAAGACUUGAUGAUACCCACCAGCGAUGGUGAAAAGCUGUCCGCCUUCUACAUGCGCGGCCCGCGUCAUGGCCGCAACUCCAAGGUCACCGUGUUGAUGUUCCACGGGAACGCUGGCAACAUAGGGCACCGUCUACCCAUCGCUCGCAUGCUCAUCAGUCUCACGGGCUGCAACGUUUUCAUGCUCGAGUACCGAGGCUAUGGUCUGUCCACGGGCGAGCCGGGCGAGUCUGGAAUAUGUCUUGACGCGCAAACCGCUCUCGACUACUUGCGCGACCGGGCGGAGACGAGUGACCACAAGCUGGUCAUCUAUGGGCAGAGCCUGGGCGGGGCUGUGAGCAUCAAGCUCGUGGCGGACAACCAGAAAGAAGGCGACAUUGCUGGCUUGAUAUUGGAGAACACCUUCCUCUCUAUGCGCAAGCUCAUACCAUCCGUCCUGCCCCCUGCGAAGUACAUGUCGCUUCUAUGCCACCAAGUCUGGCCCAGCGACUCUAUAAUACCCAACAUCACGAAAAUACCCAUCCUGUUCCUGUCCGGCCUGCAGGAUGAGAUCGUCCCACCAAAUCACAUGCGCAAGCUCUACGAGUUAUCGCAAGCACCCAACAAGAUCUUCAAGCCGCUACCCGGUGGCGACCACAACUCGAGCGUGCUCGAGGAAGGUUACUUCGAGUCCAUAUCGGACUUUAUCGCAUCCAUCACCCAGGAAUAUCCCACCACGCCACCCGAGAAGAGUCGAAUGUAG